AGCUUCGCCCCAUUGUCUUUUCAGACAAGGACAUUACCAAUUAUCUUAUUAUUUAUUUGGCGCCGGCAUGGCCAAGGAGCUGGGCCCUGAGGGCUGCUCGGCGCGCGCAGCGGCGGCGGCGGAGACCCUGGGCCCUGAGGGCUGCUCGGCGCGCUCAGUCAAGGCGUUGGAGACCAUGGGCGCCGGGGGCCGCUCGGCGCGCUCAGCGGCGUCGUGGAAGAAGCGUGGAAAGCCCGUGGUCGCUGCCCACACUCCACGCCAGGGUGGCGGCUGUGCCAAGUGCGGCGCCACCAAGACCCUCGGCCGGGGCCUGUGCAAUCGGUGCUAUAAACGGGAGUGGCGGAAGACCAAGUGAACGGUGACGGCGGGUGACGGCAUGAGCAGGGGGGCAGGCGGGGCAGGCGAACAUGCCCCUGCUCAUGCAGCUGGCGGGGCAGGCGAGGCAGGGGCCUUGGAUGGCGCAGCUAUCGCAUGAGUAGAUG